AUGGAGAUGGAGAUCGCAGGAGCGGGUUUGCAUGAUGCGCGGGACAACGAUGCCGGCCCAGCCUCUCAUAAUAAGCGACGAGGGCAUGACGAGCGAUGGAGCGAUGGAGCUAUGGCAGAGCCGAAAUCUCUGCCCUCUGGGGGAACGCAGGGCAGCGUCGUCCUGCAAAUUGCUGGAUGGCCAAUCGUCAGUCGAUAUCCGGACCGGGUCCUCGGCAGCCAGGGACAGGGACGGUCCCCUGACAAGGUCGAUCCAUCUCAGAUCAGGGAUUUCAAACCCUGGUGCUCGUAUAACGGGUUUACCUUUUACCGCCAGACGGGCUCCCCACAGAAUGUCGAUGUGGGGAGGUUUACAUCAAACCUCAGGUAUUUAUGGCCCUUACCGAACACUAUUGAGGGGUCCAGCCUACACGCAAUAACGACCGAGACACUGAAAAUGAAUCAGAACAGUUCCGAAGAAAGCCCCAGUUUGAAGGAGUUGAAAGAAGCCAUCCCCGCAUCGUGCUUUCGACCUUCAUUGCUCGAGUCGCUGGCAUACCUCGCCCGCGAUGCCGUGUAUGCUACAGCCCUGGUGUACGGCGCUCUGCAGAUCCCACACCUGCCGACAGUCCAGCUCCGCGUGAUCGCAUGGGUCGCGUACGGUUUCUGCCAGGGUCUGGUGGGGACGGGGAUCUGGAUCAUCGCGCAUGAAUGCGGCCACGGUGCCUUCUCGGCGCAUCGUCGCCUGAACGAUGCCCUCGGAUGGACGCUGCAUUCUAUCCUCCUGGUCCCCUACUUCUCAUGGAAGAUCACCCACGCGCGACAUCAUCACUAUUCAGGGCAUAUGGAGAAGGAUACCGUUUUUGUGCCGCCAACGGAGGAGCAGUAUGCGUCGCGAAAGGGAAUUGAUAUCCCCGCGCUGAAAGAACUGGGCCAAGAUGCCCCGCUACUUACUCUGCUGACCCUGGUCGGCCACCAGCUGGCCGGAUGGCAGAUGUACAUCUUCCUCUACAGCUCGGGGGGCAAAGAUAGUGUUGGCCGCGGGCGGGCUCAAGAAGGAGACGCGCUCAAUCACUUCAACCCGCACGGCCGGCUGUUCACACUGGAGCAGCGGUGGCAGGUGGUCGUGUCGGACCUCGGGCUGCUUCUGAUGGGAGGGUUCCUGUAUCAGGUCGGCACCAUGGUCGGGGUUGCCAAUGUAUUGUUGCUAUACUUCAUGCCCUAUGUGUGGGUCCAUCAUUGGAUCGUGGCCAUUACCUGUAUGCAUCACACGCACCCGACCAUCCCGCACUACUCCGGAGACGCCUGGAGCUUCACCAAGGGGGCGCUCGGCACCGUCGACCGCAGCUUCGGGCUGAUGGGGCGGCACUUCUUCCACGAUAUCAUCGACCACCACGUCGUCCACCACCUGUUCCCGCGGAUCCCCUUCUACCGGGCGGAGGAGGCGACGCGCGCGAUCCAGCCGCUGCUCGGGGCGGCGUACAAGGAAGAGAAGCGGCAGGGGUUCUUCAGGUCACUGUGGAGGACCUUCCGCGAGUGCCGAUACGUAGCGGAUACAGGGGAGUCGGGGGAGACAACGGGCGUUUUGGCGUGGCAAUCGGCUGGUCCUCGGGAAUAG